UUUUGUGUGUGUUUUUCUUUCUGUAAAUUUAUGCAAACACACACACGCACACACUGGCAGUGGUUUGCAAAACGUCACGGAGACGGAUUUUUGCAGGGCUCGUAGGCAGCCCUGAACAAAACGAUAAGUUUGACAGCUCGCAGCGUCGCCGGCAAAUUCGGUUUAUUUACAAACAAAAUCCGUCCGGAAGUGGAGCAGCGGACAAUGGAUCUGGUGGCCAAGCGAAGCAUUAACUGUGAACAGGGAGCGGUACGAGCGGUCCGAUAUAAUGUGGAUGGAUCCUACUGCCUGUCGUGCGGUUCGGACAAAAAGAUCAAACUGUGGAACCCUCGCACCGGGCUGCUGCUCAAGACGUACGGUGGGCACGCGGACGAAGUCAUGGAUGCGGCCGGAAGCUGCGAAAGCAGCUACAUCGUGUCCGCUUCCCUCGACAAGAGCGUCAUCUACUGGGACGUAUCGACCGGACUGCCCGUGCGACGAUUGCGAGGCCAUGCCGGUGGCGUGACCUGCAUACGCUUUAACGAGGAAUCUUCCAUCGCCGUGUCGGGCUCCAAGGACAACACGGUCGCCUGCUGGGACAUCCGCACCCGCAAGCUGGACGCGGUACAAACGAUGCGGGAAGCGAAGGACUGCAUUACGGCGCUGGUGGUGAGCGAGCACAAGAUCAUCUCCAGCUCGCUGGAUGGGUCGAUCCGGCAGUACGAUAUACGGGCCGGGGAGCUCGUGUGCGACACGAUCGGCGUCCCGAUCACGUACCUGGUGCAAACGCGCGAUGGCCAGUGUCUGCUGGCGGCCUGCUCCGACGGUACGAUACGCCUGAUCGAUAACGAUUCGGGCGAACUGCUGGCCGUGUACAAGGGACACCGGGUGGAUGAUUAUACGAUCGAGUGUGGCAUCAUUGCGGCGGACACGAAAAUCAUUUCCGGCUCGGCGGAAGGGGCCGCCAUCGUUUGGGACCUGCUGGAGGGCAAGGAGGUGCGAAGGUUGCGCAUCGGCAGUGAAGUGGUCCAUUCGCUGGCGCCGCAUCCGACCGGGAGCGAUAUUUUGUUCGCCCGCAAGCGGCACCUGGAGGUGUGGGGCAAACCGGAAGAAGACGAGGAAGAGGUGAUUGAGUAGGGUAAUAAUAUUUUAAGGGAAAAUUUUCAAAAAAAAGAGCUAUCAUGAAGACAUUUAAAGAUCAGUGUUAAAAAG